AUGUUAACGGCUAUAUAUAAUGCCAAUUUACAAGUUCCUAAACAUUGUGGCAUCUUUGUUGGAACAGGUGGAAGUGGCCUCUUGAUAAAAAAAAGUAAAGUUCUUAUUGCAUCUGAUCUUCUUUUAAAGGAAGAAUCACUGAAAAUUUCUCCCGACAUUAUUUUGAAUAACUGUCUUAUGGGUAAGGCUAAAGGCUGCGAAGAAUAUAGAGUAUAUAAAAAACAAGAAUUUCAAUGUGGUUGGAGAUAUCCAUUUGUAG